UCGCCCAGAUGGCAACACCAUACCAUUUUUUUAUUUCAAAUUCAAAUAUGUGCCAGUGAUUUUAGCCCACUGAACAGAAAAACAACUACAUCUGAACACUUACGGCAUAUACAAAGAAAGCGUCGCACAGCAAACAGAAAAAAAGCCGUCAUACACACGUGACCAUUCCUAUAUCCUGUUCUGGCACGGGAAGUAACUGACGUAUGACGUUAUCUUCCACUCGUUAUCAGACUUGCAGUUAUGAUGAAGUUUUUACCUUGCCCGAAUUCUUACGAAUUCCAUGUGUAGUCCUAGUCGUUGUGAUUAAGGGUUUCUUUUUGUUGUCUUGCAUAUUGCGUCAAUGUCUUACUUCUCCAUCUUUAACUUUAGAUAAAUUUAUGAACUUGUGGCUUGUUGUUACGCUGUUUUAUAACAAAAUAACAUGGAUUUUUCCAAAUUUUUGGAUGCUGAGUUUGACGUCAAAGACUGGAUAAAUGGGGCGUUUAAAGCAGUACAAAAAGAUGUCCCUGGCAAAGUAGAUGGCUAUGCAGCCACGCUAGUGAUGAAACUCCAGCUUUUCAUUCAAGAAGUAAACAACGCUAUAGAAGAAACAAGUAAUCAAGCACUUCAGAAUAUGCCUAGAGUUCUUCGAGAUGUAGAAGCACUUAAACAGGAGGCAUCUUUUCUGAAAGAACAAAUGAUCCUAGUCAAAGAGGAUGUUAAAAAAUUUGAACAGGAUACAGCUCAGUCUAUGCAGGUUCUUGUCAGCAUUGACCAAGUAAAAUCAAGAAUGCAGUCUGCUGCAGAAGCCCUGCAGGAAGCAGACAAGUGGAGUACUCUCAGUAUAGAUAUAGAGGAAACCUUUAAAACACAGGAUGUAACUGUGAUUGCUGCCAAACUUACUAGCAUGCAGAGCAGCUUAGCAAUGUUGGUGGACACUCCAGACUACUCUGAGAAAUGUGUGCAUCUCGAGGCUCUGAAGAACCGACUUGAAGCUAUCGCUAGUCCCCAGAUUGUCACCACAUUCAACACACAGUCCCUUGACAGUGCAAAGGUUUUUAUGAAGGUGUUCACAGAAAUUGAUCGGAUGCCACAGCUUCUUGCAUAUUACUACAAAUGUCACAAGGGACAUCUUGUGGCAAUUUGGCAAGAACUGUGCCAGACAGAUCUAAGUCUGCAAAGACAGCUGACAGAGUUCUAUGACACACUUCUUUCUACUUGGCACUCGCAGCUUCAAUGGACUAGUCAGGUUUUUAAGAGCCCAUAUGAAGUUGUGACGAUUUUACUAAUUCAGACUCUGAAUGCAAUGGUUCCUUCCAUCCCAGUAUGUCUGCAUUCAGAAAUGGAAAGAGCAGGACCAGAAGCAAAGCUCACAACUCUGCUGGAAUUCUAUGAGACCACUUCCCACUUUGCUAAGGGCCUAGAGACUGCCAUGCUUACCCAUCUUGAUGAUACUAAUUUGAUAAAAGUUGCCGAACUUGUGGAAGCUGUGUAUAGUCCAUACAAAUCCUAUCAGCUGAAGUAUGGCGACCUUGAGGAGGCCUACCUACUUAUUGAACUUAGUGCUGUUCCAUUGGAGCAUGGUGAAGUCAUAGAUUGCGUUCAGGAGUUGAGUCAUUCGGUAACCAAACUUUUUGGACUAGCUUCAGGAGCUGUGGACAGAUGCAUGAAACUUACUGAUGGGAUUGGUAUCUGUGGCCUUCUUAAAGCCCUGAAAGCCCUUUUCACAAAGUACGUAUCUGAUGUCGCAAACACUCUACAGUCCAUAAGAACAAAAUGCAGAUUAGAGGAGAUGCCGGAUAAGUCGCAUUUUCAAGAAGACUGGACUGCUUUCCAUAAUUCAGUCAGAAUAAUAUCGUGUUGUGGUGACCUUUUACGCCAGUGUCAAGACUUUGACCAGCAGCUUUCAAACAGAAUUUUACUGUUAGCUGGGAAACAUCUGUCCGAUUCCUACAGUCCUUGCAGCCUUACAAGCAUUCAUGAAGCAGGUUGUACCGACAAGAAAUGUGCCAGCCGAAACCCAUGGCAGGAGUACAAUUACCUUCUUAAAGGAAAUUCUGCGGACUACACAAGCCUAAUGGAAAUACUUUACAGCUUGAAGGAGAAAGGAACUGGUAACAGCAAUCUAUUGAGUAAGGCCCGCUCUGCUCUCCUCCAUCUGAAUCAGCAAACUCACCAGCUAGCAUUUGAUUCAGUUUUUGUUCGUAUCAAACAGCAGUUAUCAGUGGUUCCAAGAAUGGAGAGCUGGAGUUUGAGUGGAAUGGAUGAGACACUAACUGAAGAGCUUCCAGCAUUCAGCCUUACCCCUCUGGAGUACAUCACUAAUAUUGGGCAAUAUAUAAUGUCCCUUCCUCUUCAUCUUGAACCAUUUGUAACUCAGGAAGAUGCUGCCUUAGAGCUGGCACUGCAUGCUGGAAAGCUUCCAUUUCCACCUGAACAAGGAGAUGAAUUGCCGGAACUUGAUAACAUAGCUGACUACUGGUUAGGCUCCAUUGCCCGAGCAACCAUGCAGACUUACUGUGAAGCUGUGCUACAGAUUCCUGAAAUUAGUCCACAUUCCACUAAACAGCUUGCCACAGAUAUAGAUUAUCUUGUAAAUGUAAUGGAUGCUCUAGGACUCCAGCCAUCGCGAACUCUUCAGCAGAUUGUUACCCUUAUAAAAACUAAACCAGAAGAGUAUAGACAAGCUGCAAAAUCAUUACCACAGAGACUGUCGUCUACUAUUGCAGCUAUGAGGAACAUUGAUUAUUAAACAUAGCGCAUGGAAGGGGAUAUUGAUUCUAAUGUAUGAUAAUUUAUGUAUCUGAUUUUGAUAUUGCUACUGUAGGAUUGUCAGUUUUUGCAAACACUGGCUUCAUUCCUCACAUUAUAGAAUACAGUGCUCUACUGUUUCAAGAAUUCAGAUUAGUUUAUUUCAUUUUAUAUUGUUUUUAAGCAAUAUUAAACUCUAGAAAUGUUAUGUAAUCUUUGAAAUGCUGGUGCUGUUUUUUUCUGGAAUGCGUUUGUAGACAUGUAAUAAAUCAGUCUUUUUAAUGUUGUAGUAAUAUACUUGUUUGAGUUGGUGAGUUGUUAAGACUGUCACUUUAAAUGUAUUUUGAAAGUGAACAUAUCAUUCUCUCCUUUUUAUUAAAGGUUAGUAUUUGCAUUAAAUGUA